AUGGGCUCAUUGGACUUGGGUUUCACAUGGCCUGGAUUACCCAUUUGUUGUGGGAUUGGAUGUAUUGGGUCGCUAUGGCCUAUGGCACCUUUUGAGCAUGCAAAUCGACAAGAUAAAGACGACCCUAUCUUCAACAUGCCUUGUAUGCUCGAAUACCUGUACCAUGAUCUUCUGUUGCUAGAAAAUCAGCUACCUUGGUUUGUGCUCGAGUCUAUCUAUAACCUAAUUGAGGGUGGUAGUCCUAUAGCACCCCUCAAUAAAGUAGUAAUAGACUUCUUCAAAAAUUCAGUGGCUGAACCUAAAAUUUUUAGCGAUCCCGAUCCCAAUUCUCAGGUUGAGAUUCUUCAUAUACUUGAUCUGAUAAGAACUUCCCUCGUUCAGGGCCAUCUGGAACAUGCAUACCGAAAGGAGACCCCCGCAUCAAAGUUGGUAAACCACUUGCCACAGAGGAUACCUAGUGCUGCUGCUCUUUCAGAGGCGGGAGUUAAAUUUAGAGAGGGCCCCUCAGGUUGCAUAUUGAACAUAACGUUCGAAGAUGGCAUUUUCACCAUUCCUCCUCUGGCUAUCGAUGAAAGGACAGGUCCUAUGUUCAGGAACCUUAUGGCCUACGAACAGUGUUAUUGGAGUUGCAAGCACAGGAUAACAUCCUACGCGGUUUUGAUGGAUAACCUCAUCGAUACGAACAAGGAUGUGGAUCUUCUAUGUGAAAAACAUAUACUAGCCAACUGGUUGAGUGCCGAUGAUGCUUCGAAGUUCUUCAACAAUCUAUACAAUGACACCACAGUCAUUGACUAUGUCUACGAGGGAGUUUGCAAUAAAGUGCAUUCAUAUCGCAAAGAACCAUGGCACAAGUGGAGAAAGAAAUUGAAACGUGAUUAUUUUGAAACACCAUGGUCUACUAUCUCUUUUAUUGCAGCUUUUGUCCUCCUGCUCCUUACCUUCUUGCAGACCAUAUACACACUCCAACCGUACUAUCAUCCCCGCUCAUGAAUAAUGUUGGAUGUCAGCUAUAUGUUUCAUUCUAUUAUGUUGUUU